AGCAGGAAAUGACGGUUUGUUUUUCCGGAAGUGGCUGUCAGGGAGAAUGGAGUUAGGGGGCUGCAGGGUUGCAUUUGAGAAGGAUGGUGUCUAUUUACACACCAGCGCAAAGCGUCAUCCUGACCAGGAUUCCCUUAUCCCGGGGGUUAUCCGCAUAAUCGAGAAGGGUUCGGAUACUUUGCUACAAUGGACACCCAUAGAAGAGUCAUCAGAUGCUGCUCAGAUUACAUAUACCAAGAAGGACCCAGUGGGCUGCCAGACUGAAGAAGAAAUCUUUGAUCCGGGGUAUGAACCGGACUGGGCUGUGAUCAGUACAGUGGGGACCCGGGCUCGGGCACAAGAGGAAACAAAUGCAGCUUCCGGGCCCAAAUCUCCGGUCCCACGUGGUCAGUGGGCCUUCUCCCUCAGCUUGUCUGAGCUGAAAUCCAUCCGCAAGAGCAAGCCAGGUUUGGGCUGGUCAUACCUCAUCUUCAUCACCAAAGACGGCAUCUCCAUUCAAGCCCUGCACUUCCACCGUGGAGGCACCAAAGCCCUGCUCAAGGCGCUCUGCAAAUAUGUUAUCAUAGCCACCUCCCCCAAAGAUUCCCGCCUCUACUUGGUUUACACUCAUGAUUCGUACGCCCUCUCCCACUCCUUUGAUGAGCUUCAACUCUUCGAUGACAGCUCUUCCAACCUUGUGUCGCGGUUCCUGCAGGAUCCUUAUGCUGCCACAUUCGGUGGCUUCUCCAAAGUCACCAACUUCUUCCGUGGGGCUCUGCACCAUGAGGACGGCGUCAUCCAGCAUUCCCAUGGUGACCCAGCUGCUGCCAACGUUGAGGAUGAGACAGGCUUUGAAGUUAUCACCUGUCAGGCACGGCUAGGAGAGCGUCCAUCUGUCCAGCGGGAGGCUCCCGUCUCGGAGCAGGAAUGGGAGCAGCACUUGGACCCAGAUGGGCGUGUGAGGGACCCCGUUGCCUUGCGCAGAAGGAUCUUCGCUGGGGGUCUCAACAUGUCAUCACGCAAAGAAGCCUGGAAAUGCCUUUUGGGCUAUUACUCAUGGGACAACACCAGUGAAGAGAACAAGGCACAAGUGAGGCGGAAAACAGAUGAGUACUUCCGCAUGAAACUACAGUGGAAGUCGGUCAGCGAGGAACAGGAACAGCGGAACUCCUUGCUGCGUGGCUACCGCAGCCUGAUUGAAAGAGACGUGAGCCGCACGGAUAGGAACAACAAAUUCUACGAGGGCAGCGAGAACCCUGGUCUAGUGCUCCUGAAUGAUGUGCUGAUGACGUAUUGCAUGUACAACUUUGACCUGGGCUAUGUCCAAGGCAUGAGCGACCUCCUGUCCCCCAUUCUCUACGUCACCCAGAAUGAAGUGGACGCUUUCUGGUGUUUCUGUGGUUUUAUGGAGCUGGUGCACCGCAAUUUUGAAGAAAGCCAGGAGUCCAUGAAGCGACAGCUGUCUCAGCUCAAUUUGCUCCUUAGGGUGCUGGACCCCCCACUCUGUGACUUCCUAGACUCUAAGGAAUCUGGCACCUUGUGCUUCUGCUUCCGAUGGAUCUUGAUCUGGUUCAAGAGGGAAUUUGCCUUCUCUGAAAUUCUUCAGCUAUGGGAGGUGCUGUGGACGGGACUGCCUUGCCCCAAUUUCCACCUGCUGGUGGCCUGUGGCAUUCUGGAUGCAGAGAGGCAGGCACUCAUGAACUCUGGCUUUGGCUUCAAUGAGAUCCUGAAGCACAUCAAUGAGCUUACCAUGAAGAUGAGUGUGGAAGACAUCUUAUGCCGGGCUGAGGCGAUCUACAGGCAGCUGGCAGCUACUCCAGAUUUACCCCGUAAUGUCCAGGAAUUGCUGGGGCUCUCUGAGGGCAAAUCUCCAACACCCAGCACCGACACAGCCAGCUCCCCGCAGCCGCUGUCACCCAGCCAGGCCCAGGAGAUGGAGCUGACGGACAGUGUUUCCCCAAGCCAGCCAGACAGCAGCAUCGAAAUCCUGCCUACUGAGGAGGCCUCCACCUCGCAGUCGCUCUCUCCUUGAAAACCUCCUGUUGUUUUUGUUGCUGCUGCUGCUGCCACCACCACCACCUUCUUAACACAAGCACUUUAACCAGAUAAGGGUGAGGGCUGGGAAGGGAGGCAGGGUAGAGGCUUUGGGAUGUGUUUCUUUUCCUCCCUGGGAUUUAAUUAGUCAAACAAACACCAACCCUCUCUAAAAGCAAGUAGGGCUUGGGAAUGGCUGUGUUCUUCCAGAGUUCCCCAGUGCUCAGUGUGCCUUUCCCACAAUGCACUGGGACAUGGCUAUCUCUCUUAGAAUGCGGAAGGGCUCGCUUUUGAGGUCAGCUUCCUUCCCGGGAUGCGCAGAGACAGAAAGGAGCAAGUUGAAGGCAUCCAUGACUUUCUCAUCCAAUUUGGGUCCUGAAGUGUUGCAGCUGAGUCUCCUAAAUUCUCCCUUCUGUUCCCGCUGCCUUUUUUCGUGACACACCUGUUUUGCUUCUAUGUCAUGCGCACCUCCCUCUGUGGCAUUUGAGGCUUGUCUACUAAGCAUCAAUCUGAUGGCGACAUCUUUAUUAUUAUUUUUGUUACUGUUUCCGGUUGCUAAUGAAACCUGUGCCUCAGCCCACAAACACGUUCUUUGGCAAAGAGAAAUGGGCAGCAGGUCAGAGCAACUGGAAAUGAGGAAUCCUUAGCAAGAGGCUAGUUGGUGGAGGGAGGCUUGGUUCUCCCUGAGAAGAACAUGGAGUCAGUGGUUACGGCAGCGGAGGCUGCAAGGCAGAGCUCUUAGUUCCUUGGUCCUUUGCCAGGGAGUUCCUGUUGACGUAGCUCCUUGUGCUUCCCUCCCUUGGCUGGAAGAUUGUCUCCCUCCCUACUUGCCGCAUUCCUUUUUUUAGUAGGUUGCUUAUGAACUGACAACAGUUGGAUACGAGGGGAAAGGAUCUCUGAUUUUGUUCUUUUGUGCCUCUCCAGCCUGGCGGGCAUGGGGGUUCAAUGCUUUGUCUGCAUAUGCCCCACUUCUGAUUAUUGAACUGCAUCCUUCUCAGCCCUUACCUUGGCUCCUUCGUUUCCUUUAUAACAUAACAUUAAAAAUGUAAUGUCA